AGUAUAACAUUUUGCCACCCAUCUAUAAAAUGGAGGAUUACAGGACCUGUAUGGAAAAGAAUGAUUCGUAUUGUAAAGUAGAUAUAAGAUUAUUGAACAACGGAAAUGAGAAUAACCAAUUGUGGAACUUGAUAAAGGAUUCUGCCAAUGGUAGACACAAUUAUGAUCGAAGUUUCGUUCAUAGGGCUAUAUGCCUCCCAAAGAAUGAAACUGUUAAUUUGGAGUCGACUAGGUAUUUUUCUCAAUUGCACGUUGAGAAAGAAUUUAAUGGAACAAAUUUACUUGCGUUGGUAGAAUACGUCGUAUGUAUUGAAGAAGAUAAAGUUAAAUUGUCCCUAUAUGACAAAUUAGUAAUAUUAACUUUCACAGCAUAUAUGUGUUUAAUUGUAUAUGCAACCAUAAAGGAUAAACAGAAGAAGACAGGUGUAACAGGAUGCACUAAGGAUAAGGUUAUAACAUCGCUAUCAUUAACUUCAAAUUGGAGGAAAAUAUGUAAGACUGAAGGAAAUGAAGAUUAUACCAAACUAAAAGCAAUCCAAGGAGUUCGAGUUUUCAUCAUGCUGAAUGUUAUUGGUUCACACAUAGUAUUUUGUUUUAUGAUAACGUAUAUCUCAAACACUAACGAUGUUGAAGAUAUGUUCAAUGGUGCCAUAAUGCAGUACUCGUCAACUUUAACUACUUUUGUAAUGCAGACGUUUUUUUUGAUAUCUUCCUGGAUUGUAACCUUUCAAAUAUACAAUAUUUAUAGAGAUCAUGGGAAAUUUACUGUUAAACAAGCCUUUAUUCUUAUUAUUAACAGAUUUUUCAGAAUUGGAAUAUGUUUAUCUGUAGCGUUACAUCUAUCAAAACCUUCUCUGAAUAGAUUAUCAGCCGUUGGACCUCUUACUUUUGAUAACAUUUACAAGAUUCAAGAAUCUUGUGAACACAACUGGUGGCAAACUUUUUGUUUUGUGAAUAACUAUUUAUAUAUCGCGGAUAUGUGUCUUCCCCCAUCAUGGUAUUUGUCUGCGGAUUAUCAACUAUACAUUAUGGCAGUAAUAACAAUCUAUUUAAUUUUAAAAUUUGAACUGUGUGAGUGGAAGGUUAUUUGCUUCUUAAUACUUUUUUCCUGUAUGUUAUAUGGAUCAGUUAUAUACGUUAAUGAAAUGGACAUCAUUGCGAGAAUUAAUAUUAAUACCUUAAGGAGAUUUAUAUUUACUCGAUCAGAUCCUAUAAGGAUCUUAUACAAUUCGACAUACUCCAACUGGACCACGAGUCUUGUAGGUAUAUUACUGGGAAUGAUAUAUACGAAGAAUAAAAACCGCAAUGUCACCAACAGCAAAUUUAUCUGCGUUUUGUGGUUGUUAAUAUUUUUUGGCUUGCCUUCUGCUGUAAUAUUUAUAGCCGACUAUGAAUUUAGAGGAAUUCAAGCAGCAAUUUUGGGUGCCUUGGUGAAACCGCUAUUUUCUUUGAGCGUUGGAAUCGGUAUUUUAGGAAUGUCACACAACAUAGGAGGAGUUAUUAAACGUAUAUGUGAAAAUAAAUAUGUUGUGCUGAUGAGUAAUUUGUCAUUUUCCGCAUACGUAUUUCAGUUUGUUGUUUUGUUUCCUAAAGGAGUUGGUACUUAUUCACUAAUGGAAUUUGGACAAAUUAAAUUGAUUAAAUAUAUCUUGUUUAUUGACGGACCAUUGUCAAUAAUAAUUGCACUUAUUUUUGCGCUAAUAAUUGAACAGCCCGGAAUUAACUUGCAAAAGAUAUUCCUGCCUCAAAUUUCACGUGAAAGGAAAGGCCAGCAGAAGAGUCAAUGAAAGGAUAUUUUGUAAGAUUUUGUUAUUUCAAUAAAUGCAUAAGCAAA